GCGGGAAAGCUGCCGGGACGGAGGGGGAGGAUGGGCCGAACAAUGAAGACAUCGCUACGGAUAUGGCCGUGUUGAUGUUGCCGGUCGAUACACACUGAAAAUGCAGAGGGACCUGGGUAGUUUCCCACUUCCUCCAGCUCUCAGGGCCAAGCUCAUUGCCUGCGGCUUUCAGAGCGCUGAGGACGUGGCCGCCGUGAGAGCGACCGAGCUCAGCAAAGAGGUGGGCAUCUCCAAAGAGGAGGCGUUGGAGGUCUUACAGAUCGUGAGGCGCAAGAGCUCUGGAGAGGAAUCCCAGCAGAGUGCUGGGUUGCCGACUUUUCGGAAAUGCACGGCCCUGGAACUGCUGAAGGAGGAGCACGCUCAGGGCUCCAUAAUCACCUUCAGCUCAGCCCUGGAUGAAAUUCUUGGCGGAGGGGUGCCUGUAGCCAAGGUUACGGAGAUCUGCGGGGCUCCUGGUAUCGGUAAAACCCAGCUAAGUAUCCAACUAGUUGUGGAUGCACAGAUCCCUGAAUGCUUUGGCGGCCAAGGUGGGGAGAGUGUGUUCAUCGACACUGAAGGCAGCUUCAUUGUGGAACGGGUAGCUGAAGUUGCCCAAGCUGCUGUCCACCACUGUCAUCUCAUCGCUGAGUCUGGUCAGGACAAAGCCCAGCGAGAGGCAGUCGAAGAGUUCUCUGUUUCAAGCAUCCUCUCCCGCAUCUACUACUUCCGUUGCCAUGAUUAUGUAGAGCUACUGGCUCAGGCUCACCUUCUGGACGAUUUCCUAGCUGAACAUCACAAGGUCCGGAUAGUGGUAAUUGACAGCAUUGCGUUCCCGUUCCGCCACCACUUGGAGGACCUGUCGCUACGGACACGGUUACUGAAUGGACUUGCUCAGCAGCUGAUCACAAUGGCCAACAAGCACAGUGUGGCAGUGGUGCUGACCAACCAGAUGACCACACGAUUUGGAGAAGCCCAGUCCUCGUUAGUGCCUGCCCUUGGUGAAAGCUGGGGUCAUGCGGCUACCAUUCGCUUAAUUCUAUACUGGGAAGGCAAGCUGAGGUUUGCUUCCCUCUAUAAAUCACCGAUGCAAAAAGAAGCGAUUGUUCCAUUCCAGAUAACCUCACUUGGCUUUCGUGAUGUCCAAUCAUCAGAGGCACCUUCAACUUCACCCGCCAACCCACACAAGCGUCCACGGACAGAUGACCAGGAUGGGCAUUGAUGAUGUCCGCUAGAUAUUGCUCCACACGGUGUAGUGGGGACCAAGUGUGGCUGACGAUGGAUAGUCUUGGAUCCAUUAACGAGCCGUGACUAUGUCGGGAUUGCACUGGGGCCUGAAGUACGGUCGGCUCAGUGAAUCCAGCUGGACUGGAGAACUGGAAAAAUGCUCUUUCUAAUGGGAACCUGCUCUGGGUUAUUUUGCCCCCACCCCAUCACUGGGUUUUCCUAUCUUGCCUACUGAACUGGAGGAUUGUUGGGUAGAGGCCUGUGAUGGAGGAUUGAUCUUCCUGGUUGUGUGGGCUUGAGGCACUCUGAACCUCACUACCUACCUUCAGAAGCCCAAACCUCUGCGCAUCUCAAGUUCCUGAGUCAAAAGUUUAUUAAAACCUUGCAUCUGCUCACUGAUCUCCCAUUGUAUUGUUUAAGGUGAUAAUCAUUUUCUUUCUCUUGUUCUGACAUGUUGCAAGUAAAAUUAUUUUGAAGUCAAUCAGGGUGGUGUUGGUUUAUCCCUCACUGAUUGCUGCUUGCUACAUCUGAUAACAUAGUGUUGGAAAUCCUACACCAGUGAUCCUGGACCUGGAUAAACAUUUCAAAUUCCUUUAAUCAGAUAAAUGUGAAAGAAAGAGCCAUUAUAGGUAUCUGACCAUGAAAAUUACAUAACCUGCGGGUUCCUCAAUGCUAUUUAGGCAAGGAGUUUGUCCACAGUUGGACUAUGUUAUAAGACAUGGGAGCAGAAUUAGGCCAUUUGAUCCAUUGAGUGCUCAGCCAUUGAAUUAUGCCUGAAUAUUUUCCCUCUCAACUUUAUUUUCCUGCUACCUUAAUCUUUGAUAUUAAUCUCUGCUUUAAAUAUACCCAAUGACUUGGCCUCCACAGCCAUCUGUGGCAAUGAAUUCCACAGAAUCACCACUGUCUAGCUAAAUAAAUCCUUUUCUGCAGGGACUUUCUUCUAUUUUGAGGAUAUGCUCUCUGGUUCUAGACUCUGUCAGUAUUAGAGUGAAUGUGGAAAGGAUGCUUCUAUUUAGGCCUUUCAAUAGUUGGUCAGUUUUACAAGAUACCCCCGUAUUCCUUGUAAAUGCCAGUAAGUACAGGCCCAGAGCCAUCAAACGGUCCUCAUACAUUAACCCUUUCAUUUGUGGGAUCAUUUUUGUAAAACUCCUCUCAGCCCCCUCCAAUGCCUCUGUCUAGAGUCAGAUCAUUCAAGAUGAAUACUAACAUUGUAUUUGACUUCUUACCACUAAUCCAAACAGCAAGCUACCCUUUAGGGAGUCCUGUACUAAGACUCCCUGGGCCUUUUGCACCUGAUUUCUGAAUUUGCUCUCCAUUUAGAAAAUAAUUAUGCCUUUAUUCCUUCUACUGAAGUCCAAAGUGUAAGUCGGAACGUUUCCCUGCACUCUAUUCCAUCUGCAUUUUCAUUGCCCAUUCUUCCAAUCUGCCCAAGUCCUUCUACAGACUCCCUGCUUUCUCAACAUUAUGGCAGUAGUGGUCACAUAUAUAUGACACCAACAGGUAUAUAACAUACUGGUAGAACUGCUCUAUGAUGGAUGCUAUGACAUCUUUUGUGUGCCGGGCCCUGACACAUCUAGAAAACAAGGACACUUAUGUCAGAAUGCUGUUUCUGGAUUUCAUUUCGACAUUUAACACUAUUGUCCCACAAUAGUAAGUGCUAUACCUGUCCCUGCACCUCAUCUCUUACCACCAUUCAGGGCCCCAAACAGUCCUUCUAGGUGAGGCAACACUUCACUUGUGGGUCUGUUGGGGUAAUCUAUUGCAUCCGGUGCUCCCGGUGUGGCAUCCUCUACAUCGGCGAGACUGGAUGCAGAUUGGGAGACCGCUUCAUUGAGCGCCUAUGCUCCGUCCGCCACAACAGACAGAAUCUCCCGGUUGCCACUCACUUCAACUCUCCUUCACAUUCCCAUUCGGAUAUGUCCAUACAUGGCCUCCUCUACUGCCAUGAUGAGGCCAAACUUCGGUUGGAGGAACAACAUCUCAUAUACCAUCUGGGUAGUCUCCAGCCCCUUGGUAUGAACAUUGAAUUCUCCAACUUCCGGUAAUUCCCUCCCUCUCCCUUCUCCCAUCCCACCUUCACUCUGUCUCCUCUUCUAGCUGCCUAUCACCUCUCAUAACUCUGCCUUCUACUACCCAUAGUGCUUUCCCCUUAGAUUCCUUCUUCACCUCUCCUGCCUAUCCCCUCCCUGCUUCCCCUCCCCCACCCCUUGAUCUUUCCUCUGAUUGGUUUUCCAGCCUCCCCCCCACCUUCUUUAUAGGGUCCCUGCCCCCUCCUCCUUUAGUCCUGAUGAAGGGUCUCAACCGGAAAAGUUGACUGCUCCUUUCAAUGAAUGCUGCCCAACCUGCUGAGUUCAUCCAGCUUUUUUGUAGUCUUGAUUGUCCCAUAGACCUUGGUGAACAAACUUCUACUCCUUGGUGCAGGAGCCUGAAAACACACUCAGAGUUUUAGAAACAGCUUUUCCCCCUCUGCUAUUGGAUUUCUGAACGGGCAAUGAACCUGUUAACAUUAGCUCAUUAAUUUUCUCUUUUUUUGCACUAUUUUUAAAAUAUACUGUAUAUUCUUACUGUAAUUUGUGGUAAUUUUUAUGUAUUGCACUACACUGCUGCCACAGAACAACAAAUUUCAUGACCUAUGCCAGUGAUAAUAAGCCUGAUACUGAUUUUGGUUCUUGCCUUUCACCUUAGUUUGCCUUAAAUUAGCCCUCUCACUUAAGACUUCUUGUAAAAGUUUUCUGAGGCACUACAUAAAUGAAAUUCCUUCCCACUGUGGCCAGUGAUGGUUCUUGUGUAUAAUCAGUCCUUUCUACCAUCAGGGAGGAGGUGCAGGAGCCUGAAAACACACACACACUUAAUGUUUUAGGAACAACUUCUUCCCCUCUGCCAUUGGAUUUCUUAAUGGUCCCUGAACCCAUUAACAUUAGCUCAUUAUUCUUCUUCUAAAAUAAUGAACGUGUGUGUGUGUAAAAACAUUGUAAAAGUCUAUUUCAUCUUCUCUAUUCCCUGUCUAGCCACCACAUUGUUUAUAUGUCUAGACUUGCUUUCGCUCUUUUGAGACAUUCUAUUUGACCACUUUAAGGUGUUCACAACAUCGUAUCCCCCAGCAAGCAGUCAAAAUAAGUGCUGAGAAAUAUGUUCUUGCUUUUGAUAGUACCUUUUUCUACUUGGAGGUAGUCUGAAGUGUUUUGCAACCAUUGAUGUGCCACAGCAGCGUUGUAGGAAAUAUUCAUGUACACAAGCUCCCACAAACAGUACACACAAAAUGCUGAAGGAACUCAACAGGCCAGGCAGCAUCUAGGAAAAGAGUAUAGUUGACAUUUUGGGUUGAAACCCUUUGGCAGAACUGGAGAAAAAGCUGAGGAGUAGAUUUAGGUGGGGAGAGGGGAGAGAGAAACACAAGGUGAUAGGUGAGGCCUCUAGGGGGAAGGAUGAAGUAAAGAGCUGGGAAGUUUUUUGUUGGAAGAGACGAGGCCAUGGAAGAAAGAAAAGGGGGGAGGAGUACCAGAGGGUGGGCAAGGAGAUAAGGUGAGAAAGGGAAAAGGUGAUUGGAAAUGGUGAAGGUGGGGGCAUUACUGGAAGUUUGUGAAAUCGAUGUUCAAGCCAUUGGGUUGGAGGCUGCCCAAACAGAAUAUAAGGUGUUCCUCCAACUUAAGUGUGGCCUCAUCACGACUGAAAGAGGAAAUGGAUGGAUGUAUCGGAAUGGGAAGUGCAAUUUAAAUGGUUGGCCACUGGGAGAUCCUGCUUUUUCUGAUGGACGGAGCUUGGCAAAGUGGUCUCCCAAUCUACGUUGGGUCUCACCGAUAUACAGGAGGCCACACCUGGAAUACCAAACACGGUAUAUGACCCCAACAAGCUCACAGUGAAGUGUCACCUCAGCUGGAAGGACUGUUUGGGGCCCUGAACGGUAGUGAAGGAAGAGGCCUAGGGGCAGGUGUAGCACUUGUUCCCCCUGCAAGGAUAAGUGCCUGGAGAGAGAUCAGUGGGGAGGGAAGAAUGGACAAGGGAGUCAUGUAGGGUGUGAUCCCUGCGGAAAGCACGAAGUGGGGUGGGAGGGAAAGAUGUGCUUGGUGAUGGGAUCCUGUUAGAGGUGGUGGAAGUUUUGGAGAAUUACGUACUGGAGGCUGGUGGGGUGGUAGGUGAGGGGAAGUGGAACCCUAUCCUUGGUAAGGUGGUGGGAGGAUGGGGUAAAAGCAGAUGUGCAUGAAAUGGAAGAGAUGCAGUUGAGGGCAGCGUUAAUGGUGGAGGAAGGGAAGCCCCUUUCUUUGAAGGAGGAGGACAUCUUUGCUUUGGAAAAAUCAGUGGUGAGGUGACAUACUUUCUCGGGAAGUUGUUUGGCCACCACACUGCAAGCUCUUUGCCACCUUUAGACCCUUCACGGCCACUGUCUCAGGUCAGGGGCUCAUCUAAAAGAUGGGACAGCAUGGUGGCAUAGCGGCUGGCUAUAAAAUCGAGUUCAAUUCCUGCCACUGUCUACAGGGUGUUUGUAUGUUCUCCCUGUGACUGGAUGGGUUUCUUCUGGGUGCUCUUGUUUCCUCCUGCAUUCCAAAGGCAUACGAGUUAGUUGUGGGCACUGGAAGCAUGGCAACCCUUGCGGCCUGUCCCCAGCGCAGCCAUGGACUCUGGCUGUUGACACAAAUGAUGCAUUUUGCUGUAUGUUUCAAUGUACAUGUGACGAGUAAAGCUAAUCUAAUCUUUGUCAAAGAUGGCAUUGCAGCACGUCAUCAUGAUGCAGAGUGUUUUGGCUGCAUACUCCAGUAACAAGUGUGGCACACAAACCCAUGGACUCCUUUGCGUGGGGCUGAGACUAAGCUUCCUCUUCUGGUGCCGCAGGUGGCAGAUGCUGGAAUCUGAAGUGACAGUCAGUCUGUUGCAGGAAGCCUGCAGGUCCUGGAAUAUAGAACAGUACAGGCAGUUUGGCUCAAGAUGUUGUGCUGAUCUUUCAACCUACUCCAAGAUCGAUCCUGCUCUUCCCUCCCACAUAACCCUCCAUUUUUCGAUCAUCCAUGCGCCUAUGUAUAUGUCCCUAAUGUAUCUGCCUCUAUCAUCACCCCUGGCAGGGCGCUUCGUGCACCUGCCACUGUCUGUGUAAAAAAAAAAACAACUUACCUCUGCCAUCCCCCUAUACUAUCCUCCAAUCACCUUAAAAGUAUUUGCCCCUUGAUUUAGCCAUUUCUGCUCUGGAUCAAGCAAUAUCUGUGCUGGGUUGCGAGGGGAAGGAAUUUUAGUUAUCUGGUAGUUCCCAAUAAUAAUUUUGAUUAAAUUUGAUGCUGUCCAUGAUGUGAGACAGGUGGUGGCUGUUGGUGUGAUCAAGUCAGUUACCAGGAAAGAAAUGUCUAUGAAAGCCACCAAGGCUACCAGUAAAGUAUUAAACAAGAAGCAAACCUUGAAACUGACACCAAACUGUUUAUUCGUUACCAGCCAAAUAUGUGUAUUAAUGAGACUGGAUAUUGACCAAGAUGCAUCAAAAGAAAGGAAAGGAUAAGAAAAAUGGAUUCUAAUUGCAAAUUUCAUAUGUCAUGUGAGCAGAAUUAGGCCAUUCGGCCCAUUGAUUCUGCUCUGCCUUUCCAUCAUGGCUGAUUUAUUAAACCUCCUCAAUCCCAUUCUCCUGCUGCCUUCUUGAAACCUCUGACACCCUGACCAAUCAAGAACCGAUCAACCUCUGCUUUAAAUAUACCCAAUGACUUGGCCUCCAUAGAUGAACUCCACAGAUUCACCACCCUCUGGAUAAAUAAAUUCCUCUUCAUCUCUGUUCUACUGUUCCGAGGUUAUGCGCACUGGUUCUAGGCUAGUAAUUGAGCAUGCUGGCUUCAGGAAUAGAAGCUGCAUCAGGCACAAAGAGGAGUAGAAAAUUGCUUCUCAGGAGUUGAGGCUGUUGGUCACUAAGGUUUUGGAUUGAAGAAUAAAUCACAGUGAAAAGAACAAACUGUUACUCAUCAUUGCCCAACUGUUAACCUAAACUUGUUUGAGAUAAAUGGGCUUGAAGGCUAUCAAUUGUGAGUGUAAAUCAUAGAGGAGGCCAUUCAGCCCAUUGUCUAUUCUAGUUCUUGGAAUGAUCUAAGUUGGCCUCUCCUUUUCCUUCUCUGCACAUUUCAUUUUUCAGCUACUGUAUGUAAAUUCGUUCCGGAAAGGUAUUUUCAAAUAUGCUUUCAGGGGCCUUUCAUACAAUAGAGGCCAGCUCAUUAAUCACUGUGAAAUUUAUUCUCAAUCUCGCUCUUUGGCAAUUACAGAUCUGUGUCAUCCGGUUGUCCUGUCCUUCGCCCUGCCCACCAUCAUUGUCUGAGGCAUAAAUGUUGGCCAGUUCACUAGGGAGAGCUCUCCUUCUGAAGGUCACGUGGCAGUUUUUUGAGAGAGCAGACAGCACCUCGAUUUAACAUCAUGUCUCCCUUUUUCCUUUUAACAUUUAUAAUUUUAUACAUUGCAAUUAUCCUGUAAUUUCUGUUAAAGGAGCAUGAUUUCAGCUGCUCCUGUUGCUUUGCAGCCACCUCCUACCCGGGUGGUAUUUGUCUCCUGCUGUCUGACACAUGCACAAUUUCAUAUGGUCUCCCUUGCUGUCUCUCCCUCCCUCACCCUCCUUCUGGCAGGCUUUCUUGUUCCUAAUCUCCAGUGCUGUCUGUAUGGUGAAUGCAAAAUUUCCCCUGUGAAUGCAUGAGUGUCCUCCAGUUGCUGCGUUUCAUCCAAGGAAAUAUGAAUUGAUAGGUUAAUUGGCCAGUAAAUUUCCAAUUUCCUGUAAUGAGUGGUAGAACAGGGAAGUAGUUCAUGGUAAAUUUAUUUUCAAAGUAUGGAUAUCAUAUACAACCUUGAGAUUUUUUUUUUUGCAGGCACCCGUAGGAAAAUAAAAGAAUACAACAGAAUCAAUGAAAAACUAUACAUAACAAAGAUAGAGUCCCUGAAAUUGAGUCAGUUCAGCACUGAGGAGAGUGAAGCCAUCCACGCCAGUCCAGGAGCCUGGUAGUUGUAGGGCAACAACUGUUCCUGACAUAACUCUGCACCUCCCAGCUGCUUGUAGUUGUGAGAACAGAUAUAAGUAUUGGAAUUGUGUUCCCACAUUCUCUUAGUUGGUGGGAAUGUGGGGUCUGUACAAUAGGGUUCAUGCAGGAUUAGUAAAAGUGGUUGCUUAACUGUUUCUAUGUAUAUAUAGAUGUAUAUGUGUGUGUGUGUGUAUACAUAUAUGAAUUGUAAUUGAUAGCACAUUUUACAUGUUGCACUGUAUUACUGCCACUAAACAAUGUUCUCUCUGUCAGUGUUAAUAAACUUGAUUCUGGUUUAGAUU